UCAAGUCUUUGCGACAUUGUGGCAGUGGGUAAGAAUGGCGACCAAGACACAUCUAUCAGACGGUGAAGUAGAUCAAUACAGUGUAACAGAAGAAGAGAACUUGGCAGUUUGGCUUCUUGCUAUCAAAACACUUCGGAUUCAGCCCUUUAAUCUCCCAUCUCUUGGUCCUUAUGAUGUCAAGAUUCGCAUUAAAGCUGUUGGUAUAUGUGGAAGUGAUAUCCAUCACUUUAAGAAUAUGAGAGUAGCUAAUUUCGUGGUUAAAAAACCAAUGGUACUUGGCCAUGAGUGUGCUGGAAUUGUAGAACAAGUUGGUAGCCAAGUGAAGUUUCUGAUGAUCGGUGAUCGUGUAGCUUUGGAACCUGGUAUUAGUUGCAGGCAGUGUCAACUAUGCAAAGACGGUCGCUACAAUCUCUGCCGUAAAAUGAAGUUCUUUGGCUCUCCUCCAACAAAUGGUGCUUUAGCCAACCAGGUGGUGCAUCCUGCAGAUCUAUGUUUUAAGUUACCAGAUAAUGUAAGCUUGGAGGAAGGUGCAAUGUGUGAACCUUUGAGUGUUGGUGUCCAUGCUUGCCGCCGUGCCAAUGUAGGUCCUGACACCAAACUAAUCAUCAUAGGUGCAGGACCUAUUGGCCUGGUCACUAUGCUGGCAGCUCGUGCUUUUGGAUCACCCAAGAUAGUUAUCGUUGAUGUGGAUGAUUGUCGUUUAUCUUUCGCGAAAGACCUGGGUGCUGAUGAGAUCAUUAAAGUUUCUUCCAUUAUGCAGGAUGUGGAGGAGGAAGUGGUGCGAAUACGUAAUGCAAUGGGUGGUCCUGUGGAUUUGAGCUUUGAUUGUGUUGGUUUUAACAAGACUAUGACAACGGCUCUACAAGCCACCCGCGCUGGUGGUAAAGUAUGCCUCGUUGGAUUAGGCCAGAGUGAGAUGACUCUCCCUCUUACUUCAGCUGCUGCAAGGGAGGUGGAUGUCAUAGGCAUUUUCAGAUACCGAAAUACAUGGCCGCUCUGCAUUGAACUUCUGAGAACUGGGGAAAUAGAUGUGAAGCCUCUCAUAACCCACAGGUAUAACUUUACUCAAGAGGGUGUGGAUGAAGCCUUUGAGACCAGUUCUCGCGGCGGAAAUGCCAUCAAGGUCAUGUUCAACCUGUAGCUGACUAGAAAUUUCUGGCAGUGUGCCUAAACUCAAAAUUGGUAUGAGAAUGAAUAUUCCUACCCCCCUCCAAAAUAAAACUUGAAUGCUGCAGAAAGGAUAAUAUGCACAUGAUUACAUGAAUAAUGCAAAGCUAUUGAUCAUUCAUACAGAAUGUGAUGCAGAAAUAUACAGACUACAGUAUAACUGAAAUAGUAAUGAAGGAAUCAACAAGAUCUUUGCAGCUUCAUACC